AUGGAUUUGGAUACUGCUUAUAUUGAACCUCUACUUGAAGACUGGUUGGAAGGUCUUCAAACAGUUAUUAAAGAACAAGAAAAUCUUGUUGAAACUAAUGAUGAAUUUUACAUGCCAUUUUUAGCUAUACCAGUUCCAGUUGUUAAUGCAAUUUUUAAAAUAACAAAACACCUAGAUUUAGGACCAGAGACUAGAUACAUUGCCAUUCAUUUGUAUGAUAAAUUUAUGUGCAAUUAUUUUUGGAAAGUGUACAAAUCCGAAGCUGGUGAACAGACAGAAAAAUCUUGGUCUAAAAUUUGUAAGAAGUUAUCCAGUCGAUCAAAAUUGUAUCUCAUGUCGUGUUUACAAUUAGCUAGUAAAAUGGACUCGCACUCCAAAAGCAUAGGAAUAUCACAAGUACUUAACAUUUUACAGUGGAUCGACAAAAACUCUGAGUAUACAAAAAAUAUAAUUUUUGCAUCAGAGUUUAAAGUAUUUAAAAUGGUAGGAUUUAGAAUGCCAUUUUAUACUCCAUUAAAUUGUGUAGAGGUGCUUUUAGCUGUAACAGGUCUUAUAAACACACCAAACAUGAAAGGUCUAACUAUAACUUUGUUGGAUUUAGUUUAUUUGCAGUGGGAGAAACUGUACUCUCAUUUACAAUGCUUAAUACAAGGACAUAUUGCAAAGACUGAUCAAGAAAAGAGAAACCUUAUGACUUUGGAAACGAAUGUAUUAUUUCUAGGAGCUUCGGUAGUUCUUUGUGGAACAUUUUUCUUAUGCAUAGAUGGUGAAACAGCAAAAAUUAUUGCCUUAAAAUUAUCUGAAUUAAUAGAUAUAAAAAGAGAUGAUAUCUGGAAUAUGGCCAAUAUACUUCUUGUAAUAGCUCUUCAAGAAUAA